AUGGCGCUGCACCACGACGAGGACAACAAGCCGACGGCGGACUUCGUCGAGUACCCCGAUCCAGACAAGGACCAUGGAGUGCUCCCAGCGCCGCAAAAAGGCGUCGAUGCCGAGCAGGCCGCGCUCUACCGGGAAUUCGAGGCCAAGGACGACGAGUGGCAUCACUACAUGAAGAAGAAGCUCAUGCGGAAGGUCGAUUGGCACCUGUUGCCGCUGCUCAUCCUCAUGUACCUGCUCAACUUUCUCGACCGGAGUAACCUUGCCCAAGCCCGCCUCGGCACGCUCGAGGAGGAUCUGAACAUGGUGGGCACGGAUUACAAUCUCGCCACCAGCAUUCUCUUCGUGGGCUAUCUUCUGAUGCAAAUCCCGUCCAACCUCCUCCUCACGCGCAUCCGUCCGUCCAUGUACCUGGGCGUCUGCAUGGCCAUCUGGGGCGCCAUCUCGGCGGCGCAGGCCGCGACCCAGAGCUUCGGCGGCCUGGUCGCCGCCCGUUUCUUCCUCGGAUUCGCCGAAGCGCCCUUCUUUGCGGGCGCCAUCUUCCUGAUGAGCUCGUGGUAUACUCGGGCGGAGCUGGCGCACCGCAUCUCCCGCUUCUACGCGGGCAGCGCGCUGGCAAACGCGUUCGGCGGGCUCCUGGGCGCGGGCUGCCUGGGCAAUCUGCACAUGGCGCACGGCAUUUCCGGGUGGAGAUGGCUGUUCAUCAUCGAAGGCGUCAUCACCGUCGGCGUCGCGCUGGUCGCGGCCGUGGUGCUCCCCGACUACCCGGCCAACACGCGCUGGCUGACGCCCCAAGAGCGCAGCUACGCGCAAUGGCGCCUCGUCGACGACACGGGCGAGGCCGACGAAGCCACGGCGUCCACGGUCCUCGACGGCGUCAAGCUCGCCAUGCGCGACCCGAAGCUCUACAUCUUCACCCUCCUCCAGCACGCCUCGCUCCUCUCCCAGACCUUCCAGUACUUCUUCCCCACCGUCGUCGAGACCCUCGGCUACGGCAAGAUCGAGACCCUCCUCAUCACCGCCCCCGUCUGGAUCGCCACCUUCCUCGUCGGCCUCUUCGUCACCUGGACGUCCGGCCGCUCCGGCGACCGCAGCAUCCACAUCGUGUGCCUCAGCAUGAUCUCCUGCGUCGGCAACAUCAUAUGCAUCGCCACGCUGAACAUCAACGCCCGCUUCUUCGCCAUCUUCCUCAUGCCGAUGGGCGCCGUCGCCGGCUACCAAAUCGUCAUCACCUGGGUCGCCAACACCUUCCCGCGGCCGCUCGUCAAGCGCAGCGCCUGCAUCUCCUUCGCCAACAUGGUCGGCAACAGCGCCAACAUCUACGGGCCCUACAUGUACCCCUCGUCGUCCGGCCCGCGCUACGUCCCCGGCGGCGCCGCCACCGCCACCGCCGCCCUGCUCGUCGCCCUGCUCGCCCUGGCCAUCCGCUUCGUCUUGGCCGCCCGCAAUCGCGACUUGGAGCGCGGGGAGGUCGAGGAUGCCGAGGGAGUGGCCGCCGCCGCCGCCGCGGGCGCGAGGAGGGACGGCCUGGGCCUGGGCGAGGAGGCGAGGCCGGUGGGGUUCAGGUAUAUUUUGUAG